GGGACAAACUUUCUACAAGUGUUAAGUUUGCUUGGCUUGGAAAACUGUUUACAAUUCUGGCAGUAGUCGCUGGAUUCUGUUGCACCAUAAACGGGGAAGGACAAAAUGUUAAAUACUGUUAAAGAACGCUACGACGCGUUUUUUGAGCAGAAGAACGUGGUAACGGAUUUUCUAGCGGUUUUAGAGGAAAAAACUGGAGUUCAGAAACAGUACAUUGCAACAGGUGCAGCAUCUAUUGCGGCACUCUAUCUGUUAUUUGGGUAUGGUGCCUCCCUUCUCUGCAACUUGAUUGGUUUUGCAUACCCAGCGUAUGCCUCCAUCAAAGCCAUUGAGAGUAACAAUAAAGAAGAUGACACCAAAUGGCUAACGUACUGGGUGGUUUAUGGACUCUUCAGUGUGGCUGAGUUUUUCUCUGAUAUCUUCCUCUUUUGGUUUCCAUUUUACUACGCUGGGAAGUGCCUGUUUCUGCUGUGGUGCAUGGCUCCGUACUCCUGGAAUGGCUCUCAGAUCAUAUACACACGAGUGGUGAGACCUUUCUUCCUCAAACAUGAAGCAGCAUUCGACAAUGUUGUCAGCGACUUGAGUGGAAAGGCCAAGAGUGCAGCAGAGAGCGUGGCAAAGGAAGGCUUCACAUUGUUGAACAGUGAUAAGAAUAAAUGAUUUGAAGGUGGCGAUAUGAAGAAUCGUUUUACCAGGAACCUUGUUUACAUUUGCCUUUUUAUUUUUUUUUGACCGCCAUAUCGUUUAAGCCACUAACCCCACCUAAAUUAUUAAUAUAUUAACUGCGUGUGAGCCAGGCAGCACGAUCACCCCAAAAAUGGCCUUUAAAUGUUCUUGAGUUUCUUAAAUGUCCACAAAUGUUCUUGGGAUACUAGUUCAUUUUUUUUCAUCCUAUGUUUUAGCACUUUGACCAAUGAAAGAAAUGUUGAAAUAUCACUGUCUUUUAAUAAAUAAAACUGGAAACAUCAGUGCCUAAAUAUUAAACGUAUUGUCCAAAUUUGUAUUAAGUUUAUUUUUGUUAUAUUACUUGGAACUUUACGUUAUUUCUUUUUGUGCCUCAUGAAAAGGUAUUUAAUUUAGUCUUUCUAAUGUAUUUGUUUUGACCUUGACCAACAUAUGUUUUGAUUUGAUGGUAAACUUCCUGGGCUCUGAAUGAUAAUUAUGCUCUAGUGUACUUACUUUUGUGCCAUGUACUUUUAGGCUUGAACAGAUCAUUUAUGCUGAGCUGCAGGUAUUUUCAUUUAUAAUCUUGAACUUCAGAUUUUUGAACGAUCAGUUGUGUAGUCGUUUCACAGACAGGCCUUAUACCAGUAUAGGUUUCAUAGACGGGGCUUAAACCUAGUUCUAGAUUAAACAGUUCAGACUUACAUUUUAGUCUAGGGUUUGGUUUAAGCAGGGAAUAAUGUUUCUGGUUCUGGAGAGUUAAAGUAAGGGUUUGAGAGCGACCAGAGUUGUCUGACUAAACAUCAGGCACACUAUUAGCUUCACACGUUAUUUGUUUUUAUAACUCUACUUGGUCCUUGAUAUUUAAAUUUUUUUUUUUUUUUUUUUUUUUUUUUUUAUAUAUCCAGUUUUAGCCUUGCUAUGAAUAACUCUGUAUUAGCAGUGUAAUAUUAAACAGAGUUAGGGUAUCAAAGCACUACAUGGGUAUUAGAAAACACAGUAUAAUAUUUCCUUUUGGCUGUUAUGCAACAAAGAUAUGUUAAUAAGUUUUUUCCGUAGUAGAUGGAGAAAUAUGAAGCCAUUUUACACCCUUUCAGUAUGCUGAACCUGAGAAGACUAAUUAUACUUCCUCAAGCGGCAUGUUUCUGUAAAAGAAAACAGGUCGUUGCUUCAUCAUUCACUCUUUAUAACAGGAAAUCUUGGACGCAUUAAUCAGUAGACGAUGUGUAUUUUUGCUCUUUUUAUUACACCUGUCACAAGACUCGCAUUCAGUUAAAAACUGCAUUGUCAUAGUUGUGAAUGAUUAAGAAUUCACCGUGUGACGUUUGUGAAGCCUUAAUUUAAAUAAUUUAACUUAAGAAUAUAAUUAAAAUAAACUACUUCCAAACUUU